ACCUGCGCCCGUGGAGACUAGAGAACCAUGCACGCCAUUUAUCUAUUCACUAUCUUGACCCAUUCACUGCAAGAGGAGGAGAGCAAGAAGAAAGAGAACAAAGGCAUGGAGAUGGUGACAGACUCGCCUCUCUCAUGAUACCGGUUGGGGCCCUUUGCUAACACCCGACCCUCUACCACGUCUACUUGACGCCUCUCCACCUACAUCCAUACACGCACUCUCCCCCGGCUCAAUCGCGACCUGCUCGCAAGCACACCAUGGCAUCGCCCGUCGUUCUCAGCCCACGGCCUAAUCCGCCAGGUGCGGCCAUGUCUGCCGCGAGCAAGACGAGGACCCUCGCCCUCCCAAGCCACACCACCAAGCCUGUCAAAUCGCCAGCGCCACCCGCGCCCGCCACGAUAGCCGGUGAUGGCGGCAUGGACCUUGCAGAGCAGAUGAACGACCGGGUACGGAGCCAGUUCGUCAUGGGCCCACGACUAGGAGAGGGUACCUACGCCGUCGUAUACCAAGCGCACUACCGUGACAACCCCAAGCACAUUGUCGCCAUCAAGAAGAUCAAAUACAACGCCGAGUACCCCAACGGCAUCGCACCUGACGCUAUCCGCGAAAUGCAAUUCCUCUUCGAAAUGUCGCACCCCAACGUCAUCAAACUGCACGAUGUCUUCUCUACCAAAGAACAAAACCUCUCCCUAGUCCUCGAGCACCUUCCCCUCGGCGACCUCGAGAAGCUCUGGAAAAACAAAGAAAUCACAUACACAAAAGCAGACAUCAAGGCCUGGAUGAACAUGCUCUGCCAGGGAAUAUGGUUCUGCCACGAGAACUUUGUCCUCCACCGCGAUAUCAAAGGCAGCAACGCCCUCAUCGCCGCAGACGGCACCGUCAAAAUUGCCGAUUUCGGUCUCGCACGCAGCUUCGCGGAUCCAGGCGUCAAGAUGACCACCAUGGUCAUAACGCGCAUGUACCGGCCCCUCGAGCUUCUCUACGGCUGCUCCCACUACGGCGGAACAGCAGACAUGUGGAGCAUAGGCGUUCUCAUGGCCGAACUCUGUAAGCGCGACUGGUUCCUAUAUUCCGACACGGACAUGCGCCAGGUCGCCGUCAUCUGCGAGAAAUUCGGGACCCCGACGGAAGAGACGUGGCCCGGUGUCACGGCUUUACCUUAUUACGUCGCCCCCGAUAAGCAGACGGGGCCGCAGGGUACUACCGCGUUCAGGCAGACGCGCCCGCGUAGCUGGUGGAAGCAAGAGUUCCCCACCCUCGGAGAUGAUGGGUGUGAUUUUAUCAGAGGCCUGUUGACGCUGGAUCCGCAGAAGAGGUAUACGGCGAGGAAGGCGCUCGAGGACAAGUGGUGGACUAAUGCGCCGCGUCCGACUAAGAAGGAGAAUUUGCCAAAGGAAGGUGGGGGUACGAAGGCUAUGGGUGAGGAUUUAAAGCGGAGAGGGGGGGAGACGCCUGCGAACGGUCGGGCUGAUAAGGUGGCCAGGAAGCUGGAUUUUGGAUCCAUGGGCUGAUCUAGUGCAGCUCUCUCUCUCUCUUUCUAUUUCUCUCGUAUAUGAUUCCAAAUUCAAGAUCACCCUCUCCCAGUCAAUUUUCAUGGUGUCCAUGGCGACAUUGCAUUUGGCUUUUUUUGGCACCCAUCAAACAGUAGCUUAGAUAAUCCAUGCUGUAUUCGUCUGCCUUCUUGGCAUCUCGAACCAGAUUUCAUUUCAAAUCGGGACAUCAGUCCCCUCUAGCGAUCUCUUACAUAAUAAAAUCUAAAUGUGCACACAAAGUCCAGCUUCGUCU